GGCACAUGUCCGAUUUUUUUUGUAUUAUUUCAGUUGGUCUUGGGGAUGUUUCUACAAGAAGGACAUGAAAUUAGCUUAUAUACGGAGGGUACGGAUGGCGGCAUUAAGACGUUUCUUGGCAUCUUUCACUAGCAUGGUGGACAGCCCUGUGACAGUGUCAUGACAGAAAACGGCUCCAGAUCACAGAGCCACACCGGCUGUGAGAGCGAGCGCGAUGAGCACAGUGUCACAGUGAGAUUAUUUUCCAUCGCAGGUGAUGAAAUUUGCACCUUGCAGGUUCCUGUGAAUGUCACUCUUGCUGGAUUGAAAGAUGAGCUGUCUCGUGUUUCUCACCAACUUGUUACCCAGUCUGACUGCUUGUGCUGCGGUGAAGAGACUUGGUGGGACGCUGGAAGCAAGCCUUUGCAGAGAAUGAAAGUCAGUCUGCCGGGUGUCUCAGAGAGUGGGCUUGAAAUUACUUGGGUGAAAAAAGAGUUGGAUGCUGGAGAUCAGUGCUUCUACAUUGGCCCAAGCUUGGCCAGUAACAGUGUCGUUGAGCGUGGCGAUGCUUGCCAGAUCGCUGCCGCUGGGGGAUGUGGGCAUCUCAAGUACCGAUCCGUUUUCUUCCCCAGGGCAAACAUAACACUCAUGGUACACGAGCAGCAUUUGUCAAGAUCCCCGCCCGGUUUAAAGUCACUUCCUUCAGGGUGCCAGGUAGGGGACAUUUUCUUCUACACCGGCCCUCCUCGGAAGGGUUGCAAUGGUACCAUGUUGCUGCCUGGAACGCGUGGAGAGAUUGUGGAAGCGGGUCUUAUUGAAGGAAGUGUGCGCUUACAUUUCCAGAACUUCCCGGGCCUCUGUUCUGUAGAGUUUCAGAACCUCGCCACAGAUCCGCCAAAAUUCCCGUGUUCUGCAUUACUUCGACGAUUCCUGCAGCGAUUUGUCGUCAAGCUGUGUGGGGCCCUGUCUCGUUGAGACUUGAUUCUGAAGGCUCGGAAGUUCACCAGAUCGCGUCGAGAGACAGUCGAGAGAGGUCAAAA